GUUGUAUGGGCUAGUAGUACUUAGAGGUUUUUGCGUGUCCCAUAGAUGGACAUGGACUAGAACGAGGUGUCAGGACCUUUGCCUUGUGUUGGACAAGGUUGCUCGCCGCUUGUGGUUGUGAGAUUAGGUUGAGGAUUGUUCAAAAAAGAAUCAUUGCAGCCAUGGGUCCGACCAUUCAUGACAUUUCAACAAAACCAGGGGCCAGCAGCAAGUGUCCGCUGGAGGACGAGUUGCGGGCGUUGCUGCAGCAAAGGAUCAUGGUCCUAGAUGGCGGCAUGGGCACCAUGAUCCAACAGAAGAACCUGGAGGAGGAGCACUUCCGGGGGGAGGAGUUUAAAGACCACGCCCUCAGUCUUAAGGGCAACAACGACCUCCUAAGCAUCACCCAGUCUGAUGUAAUCUACCAAAUACACAAGGACUACCUGUUUGCUGGAGCAGACAUAAUCGAGACUAACACAUUCAGCAGCACCAGCAUUGCCCAGGCAGACUACGGUCUGGAACAUAUAGCGUACCGUCUCAACAAGACAUCCGCUGAGAUUGCAAGGAGGGCGGCCAAUGACGUCACCAAACAGACAGGUUGUAAAAGAUAUGUGGCAGGUGCAGUGGGUCCCACCAAUAAAACCCUCUCUGUGUCGCCGUCGGUCGAGAGACCAGACUUCAGGAACGUCACUUUUGAUGAGCUAGUGGUGGCCUAUACAGAGCAGGUCAGAGGCCUACUGGAUGGAGGAGCUGACAUCCUGCUGGUGGAGACCAUCUUUGACACUGCCAAUGCCAAGGCAGCUCUCUUUGCCAUUGACCAACUGUUUGAGAAAACGUACGAGCAAAGACCUAUAUUUAUCUCAGGAACUAUCGUGGACAGGAGUGGCCGUACUCUGUCCGGACAGACAGGAGAGGCCUUUGUGAUCAGUGUGUCUCAUGCCAAGCCCCUUUGUAUUGGGUUAAACUGUGCCCUGGGUGCCACAGAGAUGAGGCCGUUCAUUGAGGCCAUAGGGAAGAGCACCACUGCCCUGGUCCUGUGCUACCCCAACGCAGGUCUACCCAACACAUUUGGUGGAUAUGAUGAGACUCCAGAGUUGACAGCCUCACAUAUGAAGGACUUUGCAAUGGAUGGUCUGGUGAACUUGGUUGGAGGUUGUUGUGGAACCACACCAGCACACAUAAGGGCCAUUGCUGAGGGAGUAAAACACUGCCACCCCAGAGUGCCCCCUACUGACGUGUUCCAGGACUACAUGCUACUCUCAGGCCUGGAGCCCUUCAGGGUAGGACCCUACACUAACUUUGUCAACAUCGGAGAGCGCUGCAACGUGGCAGGGUCGAGGAAGUUUGCCAAGCUGAUUAUGGCCGGAGCCUACGAGGAAGCUCUCAGCAUAGCCAAGACCCAGGUGGAGAUGGGGGCCCAGGUUCUGGACAUCAACAUGGACGAGGGCAUGCUGGAGGGACCUGCGGCCAUGGCCCGCUUCUGCAAGCUCAUCUCUUCAGAACCAGACAUCGCCAGGGUGCCCCUGUGCAUCGACUCGUCAAACUUUGCGGUGAUCGAGGCGGGGCUGAAGUGUUUCCAGGGAAAGUGCAUCGUCAACAGCAUCAGCCUGAAGGAGGGAGAGGAGGAGUUCCUGCAGAGGGCCACCACCGUGAGGCGCUACGGGGCUGCCGUGGUGGUCAUGGCCUUCGACGAGGAGGGACAAGCUACAGAGACAGAUCGCAAGGUGGAGAUCUGCUCCAGAGCUUAUCACCUCCUGACCAGCCGGGUGGGUUUCAACUCCAACGACAUCAUCUUCGACCCCAACAUCCUGACCAUCGGGACGGGCAUGGAGGAACACAGCAUGUACGCCAUCAACUUCAUGAAAGCAACACGGCUGAUCAAGGAAACGUUGCCAGGCGCCCGGGUCAGCGGAGGUCUGUCCAACCUGUCCUUCUCUUUCCGGGGCAUGGAGCUCAUCAGAGAAGCCAUGCAUGGAGCCUUCCUCUACCACGCCAUCAAGGAUGGGAUGGACAUGGGCAUAGUGAACGCUGGCAGCCUGCCGGUGUAUGAUGACAUAGACCAGGAGCUGCUGUUGCUGUGUGAGAACCUCAUCUGGAACAGAGACCCUGAAGCCACGGAGAAGCUACUGCUGUACGCUCAGAACAAUGCCAAAGGAGGGAAGAAGGUCAUCCAGACGGAUGAGUGGAGAGAGGGAACGGUGGAGCAGAGGCUGGAAUACGCCCUCAUCAAAGGCAUAGAUAAGUAUGUGGUGGAGGACACAGAGGAGGCGAAGGCCCAGACGGACCUGUACCCCCGUCCGCUCCACGUCAUUGAAGGGCCACUCAUGAGCGGCAUGAAGGUUGUGGGAGACCUGUUUGGAGCCGGAAAGAUGUUCCUGCCACAGGUGAUCAAGUCGGCCCGUGUGAUGAAAAAGGCUGUGGGCUACCUGAUCCCCUUCAUGGAGAAGGAGAGGGAGGCCAUGAUGGCAGCAUCGGGAUCCACAGAGGAGAUGGACCCCUACCAGGGCACCAUCGUGCUGGCUACCGUGAAGGGAGACGUCCAUGACAUUGGCAAGAACAUCGUAGGCGUGGUGCUGGGGUGCAACAACUUCAGAGUCAUUGAUCUGGGGGUCAUGAUCCCAUGUGACCGUAUACUGAGAGAGGCCAUCGACAAGAAGGCAGAUAUCAUCGGCCUGUCUGGUCUGAUCACCCCUUCCCUGGAUGAGAUGAUCUAUGUCGCCAAGGAGAUGGAACGGCUAGGCAUGAGGACCCCUCUGCUCAUAGGGGGGGCCACCACUUCCAAGACCCAUACAGCUGUUAAGAUUGCACCUCGCUACAGUUCCCCUGUGGUGCAUGUUCUGGAUGCUUCUCGGAGUGUGGUGGUGUGCUCUCAGCUCCUGGACCAGAACAUGAGGGAGGAGUACUUUGAGGAGGUGACGGAGGAGUACGAGGAGGUCAGACAGGACCACUACGACUCCCUCAAGGAGAGACGCUACCUGUCUUUAAGCCUGGCUAGGGAGAAGGGCCUACGCACUGACUGGCACUCCCAGCCAAGACCAGUGUGUCCUCAGUUCCUGGGAACAAAGGUGUUUGAGUCGUACGACCUGCGCCGCCUGGUGGACUACAUUGACUGGAAGCCUUUCUUCGACAUCUGGCAGCUGCGGGGGAAGUACCCUAACAGAGGUUACCCCAAGAUCUUCAAAGACAAGACCGUGGGUGUGGAGGCCAGACGGGUGUUUGACGAUGCUCAGAGGCUGCUUAAUAGGUUGAUUGACAGCCGGGGUCUUCAGGGGCAGGGCUUGGUGGGCUUCUGGCCUGCCCAAAGCGUCGGUGACGACAUCCACGUGUAUGCUAGUGAUGCCACUACUCUCUGUAGCCAACCGGUGGCCAAGUUCCACGGCCUAAGACAGCAGGCGGAGAAGGACUCUUCCAGUUCGGACCCCUACCUGUGCCUGUCUGACUUUGUGGCUCCCCGGGACAGUGGCGUGCCUGACUACGUGGGCAUGUUCGCCGUGGGCGUGUUUGGGGCGGAGGAGCUGAGUCGACUGUUUGAGGGUCAGGGAGAUGACUACAGCAGCAUCAUGGUGAAGGCCCUGGCUGACCGACUGGCUGAGGCGUUUGCUGAGGAGCUUCAUGCCCGUGUUCGUAAGGACCUGUGGGGCUACAGCUGUGAGGAGGAGCUCCACGCAGAGGAGCUCCACAGGGUCCACUACAAGGGCAUCAGGCCGGCGGCAGGCUACCCCAGCCAGCCCGACCACACGGAGAAGACCACCAUGUGGAGGCUGGCUGCUGUGGAGGAGAAAACCGGUAUUUGCUUGACUGAGUCUCUGGCCAUGACCCCGGCGGCCUCUGUCUCUGGCCUCUACUUCUCCAGCCCCAAGGCCUCCUACUUUGCUGUGGGAAAGAUCACCAAGGAGCAGGUGCAGGACUAUGCUGAGAGGAAGGAGAUGGUGAUCUCAGAGGUGGAGAGGUGGCUGGGGCCCAUCUUGGGCUACGACACAGACUGAUGACCCUUGACCCUACACCUUGUACCCUGCACACCACAACCUACACACUACGCACACACAGCCUACACCUUAUGCCCAAGGAUGAAGAGGUGUGAUACUGGAUCCAACCCAUUUCACUAAACACUGUGUCUGUAAACCUACGCCCAGGGGCUGACUCCAGCUACAGCUACGUCUUUGGGCUUUUGCCCAACGUUUUCCCCGUUUCAGUCUCUUGUGUAUUACAAUAUAGAAAAAGGUCUAGCCUGUACCCCAGGCCUGCUGAAGUGGACGAGACUGCUGUUCACAAUGCAUCACCUCCUGAUGGAAAUAGUCCAGCAGGUCAGUUGAGUCGAAACACUUCAUCCGAGCCAUAUUGCUGAGUGGGAUUCUCAGUGGAAAUACAUGACCAGUAUUUCAGGAUGAUUUGAGCACUGCUUAGGGACAUUGUUUUCCUCAUCAGUAGCUGUGGCCAGUGUUUCUUUUAUGGUCUAUCAAGAUUGUUUCAUAUUUGCAGGGCUUUUAACUGCAAUGCUUGUCAUUAUCGUCCAGUGGAAUGUUCCCCCUGGAAUGUUCCUGUGUGAUAAGUGGCACAGUUACUGAAGGUGUUUUAUAUCAUGCCCGCUACACUUUGCAUACUGCUUUAGUUCUUGUGAAGGCCUUCGAUUUGAAUUGGACCCUUUGAGUUUUUCCUUUAAUUGCUGUUGGCCUACACUUAAUGAUUCAUAAUUGAGAUAGAAAGCUUUGUAGGGCUUAAAAUGGGAUUAUAAAACUGAAAUGGCCCACUCCUAAUACCAGCACAAUUUACUAUACCCUAGACCCUACACCAUAGACCCUACACCAUAGACCUUACACCAUAGACCCUAGACCCUACAUGCCAGACACAGUUCCAUUGGCUCUGCCUCUACUGCUCUUGCCAAAGUUCAGCUUGGACCCACUGAGGCGUGGUCAGUCCUGCCCCCUGCUGCCAGUACUGUGGCCCAGCCUGACGUGACUAGCGCUCCACUGGACCUUAACACACUGCAGGUCCAUGUGGUCCUCUGUUCCACUGAAGCCUUCUUUACACCCAUUGUCUUAACUUGAACCUGGACUUUAGGGUUUGUUCCAUUAGCUCACCUGAUGCUCUCAAAUCGGGCUGCAAAGCCCCACCAGUCUGGUGGACUAAGAUAGCCCAAUCAAAGGUUCCUGUUGACUGGGAACGACACUCUUUUUUUGGUUCAUGUUUUAAUCAGUCACAGUGAUUUUAAACUCCCAUGCUUUAUUUAAGGUGGUAGAUGUUUCUUAUUUUCUAAAAUGAUUUUGUUUAUGACAGACAAAUGCAUAGAUGAUAAUCUAUUUUAAUCAGUGUUUUAUUUGAUCUAGCUGCCUAGAGUAUUGCAUAUACAUGUCAUGACCAGUUUUACUUGGAGGAUGAAUCAGAAAUUGCCUGUUGACAGCCUGAUUGGUUGUUAAAUAACAUAUUUUGAGGUUGCAUUAAACUUGCAUGGUUUUGUGGAACAGUUUGAUUCAUGGUUGUGUUUAGCCAAAUUGUUUUAUGAGGAAAUGAAUAGUAUUAUCAUUAUGAAAACUUCAAAUUCAUGUGUCACAAUAUGUCUUAUAGAAAAUGUACUGACCAACGCUGCUCAGGUCAAAGAUUUUCAACUGGAUUGUCCAUUUCAUUGUCAUGAAUGAAUUUGAUCUUAAAUAAAAUAAAAUGUAUAGCGUCCAGCACAUCU